AUGCCACGACAGCCACUUGCCACGCGACGCCAGAUCAAAGAGCAUGAAGCGCACACAAAUCACAGAUUUAGUUGGCGCCAAAAAUGUUACGCAAUUGGCGCAUUUGCGUUAGAGCAUGGCUGUUCUGCAGCAAGCACAGCCUUUGGGGUCAGCCGAAAUGUUGCACGUUACUGGCGGACGAAGCUGCUGGACCCCACAUUUCAUCCACGACCCUGGGGCAGGAGUGAAUACAAUGAUCUGAAGUGGGGUGAGGAUGGUGAGGCUCUCAUCCAAUCACUUGUUUGGUGUAACGUUCAGUUCACCCAACGUUCAAUUUACAAGCCCAUGUCACACAAUUGCAUGAGCAGGGCAUCACCGUCUCGACAUCCUUCGUUGCCCACAUCUUCCGGGGCUGGCGAUGGAGUUGGCAAAAGCCAUGUGUCCAACAGCUACAAAAGUACACACCCCUCAACAUUUGCUACUACGCUCAAUUCAUCUCCAUCAUCCCCUGCCUCCCCCCCAUUCGGCUCAAAUUCCUUGACGAAGCACACUUCGUCUCCCGGCACCUGCAACGCAAUCGCAUCAUCUCGCCAACGGGCAGCACUCCCUUCCUCCGCACCACCUCUGAAAUCUCUGACUCAUUCUCCCUCACCCUGCUCACCGACCUCUCUGACCCCGACAUUCCAUUCUUCAUCGACAUGCGAGCGAAUUCGAACACUGAGUGGGAUUACGCAUCCUUCAUCAGUGCGGCGCUUGCUGCUGGGCGGCUUCUUCCGGGCGACUUCCUCUUCGUCGACAACGCUUCGAUUCACUUUGGCGCUGAGACCCGACCCUUCUUACGCGAGAUGCUGA